AACAAGCGAAUACUCAUGGCGGACCUCCAGCAGAUUCAGUGCGUGCUAGUCGAGUUCCGAAAGCUAAGGUUCUACAAAUCAAGGUUAGCUGAGGCAAACAGGCAGCAGGAAAGCCGAGCAGCACUCCGAAUUCAGAAAUGGUAUCGAGGCUGCAGGGUGCGCCUUUACAUCAGGCGUCUGCACGAGAAAGCGGUCAUUAUACAGAAGAUAUGGCGGGGCUUCAAAGCAAGGGCACGUUGCAGACAAAUGGUGAUGGCAGCAUAUUUUAUCAUGAAGAUGGAUUUCUACAACGCGAUGGCGGUCAGGAUCCAACGACGGUGGAGAGGUUUCUAUGUGCGGAAGUACAUCCAUAGCUUCUAUUCACGCAAGAGCUUUCUGCAAAAGCUAUGCAGAACAAAUGAAAUAGUGAGGAGAGAGAUGGAUGAACUUGAGGAGCUCCAAAAGAAGGAAAGAAUCUGUCUGAAAAAGUUGAAUGAGCAGAAAGCCAAAAUGUACCAAGCUUACAGAUGGCAUCACGUACUCAGUACAAAACAGCGCCCAGGGGUGUUCAACUCUCCAUUCAGGGUGGCCCCUCAUGAGAUGGAGUCACUUCUGAGGCAGGUCACAUACCAGGCCCCCAUCAGACUAGUCGCUAGGGAAUGCGAUCAGCUCACACCUGAAGCUACACCAGUCGGCAGUUUUCAUCGGACUGCUGAAUCUCCAAGGGGCAAAACCAGAGCCUGCUGUUCAUCCAGGGUCGUACUUCCACCCAUCACUAGUGGAAAACAGCACGUCCGGAUAAGAGACCCCAGGGAGAUGUGGGAGCAAGGUGAACAUUUUCCUGAGCCAGCUGUGGGAAUGCAGACCUCGUGCGCACACCUAGAGGAGACUCCGAAUGAGUUGCAACUUUGUGAUGGCACACUAGACCCAGGAAGUCUGCGCCACCUUUUGGACCAGAGGAGUAACCCCAUCUCUAAUCCACAAAAUGCCAACUUCUUUGUAUAGCACUCAUAAAUUGACACCAAAAGGAAGACCUCUUUGACCAUCUUAUCAGAAUACUCUUCAGGAUCAGCGAUCACCAGCUCUCAAUGGCCUCGAAGGUAAUGCUCCCACCCAGCAUCAUCGUGCCCCACUUGUCAAGUUCACAGAGCUACAGAAGCAUCCAGACGCCAAGACACAGGUUUAGCACUGUUUCUUAGACACGAGCCCAGUAUUAAGCAGUUUGAAUGUGCCCUCCACCUUUCCAGUUUUUCAGUAAAAGCUGCCUUUUAGAAUUUUUUAAAAUCUUGAUUUCUAAACAAAGGUUUGAGUUACGAGCACGAAUUCUGAUGACAACAAUUUUCACUAUAAACAGCAGUUUUUAAGAUACAGAAACGAGCAUGAAUUCUGAUGACAACAAUUUUCACUAUAAACAGCAGUUUUUUAGAUACAGAAAAAUUCUCACAUUUUGAGCAUUAUUGUGACCAUGUACUAGUAUGUGUAUAUUCUGCUCUCAAGUAAAAUACAUCUUCCCAAAAUUGCACUUUUGCCACUGAACUGUACUUGUAUAAUACUUAUCCUGCAAAAUUGCUGGUAUCCUGGCUAAAAACAAUUUAACUAUUUUCUGCAUUAUGCAAGGAUACCAAAUAUCCACUAUUUUUUUUAAUAUAUAUGAUCAAGAUAAUAAAGAAAUGUGUGUUUUUGUAAAGCACCAAUGCAUAUUUCCUCACUUUUGUAUCUGCCCUCCCUCUCUAUGCCACGGGCACUCCCGCAGGCCUACGUUGUAAGGCCUGGAAGGUUUAGCAGAGACCGAGCAUUUAGUAAUGGCUUCUUAAUGGGCUUGUCGACAGCCACAUUAGAGCGUGGUGCAGGCGGCGGGCGAGGCCGAGCAACGAUAUGCCAAACCAGAUGCCAUGCCAGCUGUGGCACUCAGCUCACUCGCUCACACUCUCAUUUGUAAUCACAUUUCUCAGACGGAUGGAUGCCAUGUGCGUAAUGCGUGCGAGCAGAUACACAUUUGUUGCCCUUUUUCCAGCGCUUGCCAGGAAAGAUCGUUUUAAUCUGCUGUGCCACAUUUAUCUGUCGCGUCUGUCACGAUCAUCAAGUGCCGCCCGAGAACAUUUUACAAAGGAAAUGAUUGUUUUCCUCUUUAAGUGUUGGACACAACCGCCUUCUGUUAAUAUGUUGCUUUAUAUUGUCCUGCUGUUUGGAGUAAGAGGCUCUUUACUGAAGGCUCAAAGGAGUUUGUUUUUGUUUUCAUUACUGUGGGUUCUAAAGGAAAUUUGCAUUUUCUGGAAUCGAUAAUUCCAAUGCUUGAGUGUCAGUUUAAGAUGAAAAAAUAAAAAAUUACUAUUAUUUUAUUGUUUGUUUUGCUCUGUGUAAUUGCUAUUUGCACUAGUGCCAGCAGUGUGAAGGAUUAAGGAUAUAUCGU